CGUGUUUGUCGGGUCUACAAAAUCGUUUGGGCUGGUCACCAUUGCAGUUUAUGCUCAAGAAGUCAACAUGCCGUCGACAUUCUUAGAUGGUCAAAAUGACGGGAUGGAGACAAGGGGCCAGGCUCCCCGACGGUUGCGGUCGUCCAAUUCAACAAGUCAAGAUACCGAAACGGCCGGAACUGUCAAGCUAAAGAGGGAAGUGGGUUUGGUUAGAGGAGUAGCAAUCAUUAUGUGUGGAAUGAUUGGUUCUGGAAUCUUCAUCUCACCAAAGGGGAUUCUCCAAAAAGCUAACAGCGUGGGAAUGAGCAUCAUCAUCUGGUUUGUUUGUGCUGCGGUUUCUUUGAUGGGUGCCUUGUGCUAUGUCGAGUUGGGAACCGUCAUCCCCAAAGCUGGUGGCACUUAUCAGUACAUUCUACACGCCUAUGGUGACUUCGCCGGGUUUUUGGUGUCCUGGGCCACCGUAGUCAUUAUGAAUCCAUCUGGCUCUGCGCUGGUUUCCAUUACUUUCGGCACCUAUGUAGCUGGUUACAUCAUCCCUGGUGACUGUGAACCUCCGAAAGAAGCCGUCCGGCUUAUUGCUACUCUGGCUGUCAUGAUAUUUGUGUUCAUCAACUGCGUCAGUGUUCGUCAUUCCACUAGUGUGAUCGUAAUUCUGACGAUUUCAAAAGUUACAGCUUUACUAAUCAUUAUUGUCACAGGCAUCGUGAAAUUAAUUCAAGGAAACUCAAAGUACCUUAAUCCAGAAGUGUCGUUCACAGAAUCUAACAGUGAGAUCUUCAGUUACGGUACAGCAUUGUAUUACGGUUUCUGGGCCUACGGUGGAUGGGACAAUUUGAACGAUCUGUCGGAGGAGUUAAAGAAUCCAGCAAGAAAUCUACCUUUGGCAAUUAGUAUUGCCAUACCAACAGUGACUGUCAUUUAUCUCCUGACUAACAUCGCCUAUUUCACUGUCCUAUCACCGACUGAGCUACUUGCAUCCAGUGCUGUUGCAGUGUCAUUCGCCGAGCAAACCCUGGGAGUCAUGGCUUGGCUGAUCCCGUUGGGAGUGUGUAUAUCUACCGCAGGCAACCUUGUGACCAGUUUCUUGUCCAAUACAAGGAUAGCAUUUGCUGCGGGGAGAGAAGGCCAUAUGCUGCACAUCUUAUCCAUGGUCAAUGCCAAGUGUAAUACGCCACUCCCUGCCAUAGUCUUACAGGGACUCCUUUCGGUGGUACUAAUAAUGAUCGGUGACUUCAAUUCGAUCAUCAAAUACCAUAGUAUUGCGCGUUGGGUUUUCGUUACGGCUGCCUUUGCAGCGGUGUUUGUGCUGCGGCGUAAAUAUCCGGAUGUAUACAGACCCUUCAAGGUCAAUAGUUUGGUCGCCAUCCUUGCAGUUGCUAGCUCUGUCUUCAUGGUUCUAGCACCGGUCAUUUCGGAUCCCACGCUUGAGUACCUCUACGCAUUGGUCUUGCUCGCAGUGGGCAUCCUGGUCUACAUUGUGUUCGUGCGAGGAAAAAGACAACUUCCAUAUAAAGUGACGCUGUUCUGCCAGAAGUUAUUUUUCGUCGUUCCAUCUCGUCCUUAGGAUAAUGCAUAUAGGCCUAGGGCAAAGACAGGCCGAGGCUUGAACAGGUGGACCUAUUCCCUUCUCCCGGAUGAUUGCCUCUCUUCUUCAAAAUGUAUACAAAGAACAUUAUCGAAGGCUGGGUAAAAAGAAUGAUGCUAUACAAAUUGGUCUGAUGUAUACGUUCCUUUACUGUUUGAACAGUUAAAAUAGUUAAAAUGCCCAUAAUUAUUAAUGUAAAUGAAACAAUAGAUAUAACAUAUUAUAACACCUCAUUCACAGAUUCUGUAUCUUGAUUUGCCGAAAGUGUGUCAUAUGACAGUUGUUAGUUUGAUCAUCUUUGUACUACCAAUGCAAAAAGACUAUACACAAGCAGUCUCGCUCUGAAAAAGAACCAUACCCGUAGCAACUAAAGAACUUUAUCCGUAGCAACGAAACCAUGAAUAGUACCCAGGCAUGUAUUUCGGCUUAUAGCUUAAACCUUUAUCUGUCACUCUCUAACCCGUUGAACCAAGCUCCGUACUAGCUUAAUAAAACGUCCUAAAGAGAACGUGAUUAAACAUCAGCUGGUCAAAAAUUUCGACAGAGAAUCACACGGUUUGGUACAUACACGUAUAUUACAUUCAUAAAUCUCGCGAUAAGGGUUGGGCCAAUUAUGUUUUCAACAGCACAUAAACAUCUGUUAUAAAAGCUUCUAUAAAUAUUCACGAUGCCCACCAUCGCUGCCUCAAUGUUCCAAGCGCGGGAAGAGAUGAUAGCUAACAAUCGACAAAAGUCAUUCGAGGCAAAUUAAGAAUUUUCUGGAAGCAGCCAUGUUCCUGAGGGUGAAAGUAUUUGCAUAGCACCCUCUGUUGGCUAAAGGGUCUUAGGUUGCAAAGUCAUUAUACAUUCUGUUACACAUUGCACAUGCUUCAAGUGAUUGGUGGAAUUGCAUAAAAUUAGUUUUACGAGUUUUACGAGUAUCCUUAAAAUUGGGCUACAGACGUUAUUUACUUUCAUUUAUUUUUUUAUUUCAACAACGUCGGAGUAUAAAGUGUAGUUUGUAUACGUGAUUAGAUUGAGUUGAUAGCUGAAGGAUUUGGGGAAUCAUUUUUGAUUAUUGGAACAAUGUAUUCACCAGUUAUUUUCAUAUUAUACAUGUAAAAAAGUCAUACUGGUGGGCCUGACGUUUCGAUUUUAGCAGAAUUUUUCUUGUACUGCUUCUGAGAAAGAUUCUGUCAGGACAGGAUCGUCAGGCCUGCCGUUGUUUAAAAUUGUAUCUUAGGUCAUUGCAGCCAGCAAGCAGUUUGCAGCAUUUCUUUCUAUUGUAUAUUUUCGUUAAAGUAUUACUCACACCUUUUCCACCUGCUGACAGUUUUUAAGGCUUUUUCCAGCCAUUUAUGGUCAAAAUCAUUAACGUGCAGUUUGAUAUUUGAUGAAAAUUGACAUUUUAGUUCGUUUUCAGUUGCCUUUUCUGAAGUGGUCUUGGUUUUUGUCUGAGAGGGAGAGACAUGGGCGCACACAAACACAUAUCAGCUAGAAACAUCUAUUUUUUGAGAGAUAUGUUAUACGAACUAAGAAAGAUUCUUACAUCAGGAUUUAAGUCGAUUAUUCACGUUACGUAGAUGUACAGUGCAAGCUUGCUGUGAAAGUCGUAGGUUUCGGAACAACACUUGGCCAAGCAGUUAAGGCAGUUGCUUUUGAGGAUUUUUACUAACCUUUUCUUUAUUGGGAAAGAGAUGGAUAGACAUUUGAAAGCCCUUUCGCUCCUUGUCAUAGUUGACCUGAAUUGACCGACCGUCGUAUUGCCUUUGGGCUUGGGUUAAAACAAAUUAAUGCUUGUCGCAUUAAUUUCACUUGAUUUAAUGUGUCUUAGGUGAAAUUAGAUUUAAGCCAUUUAUAAUGUAAAACAGCACAAACUUAUAUAGAUUCCUGUGCUAGCUGGAUUUAUUGUCUUUUUUGUUCUUUAUUUUUCUGUAGUUAUUUUACAUAACACUUGUUCCAUUUUAUUAACAACUAUAGGUCUAUUUAAAAAAAACUGCUCAUUAUGUUUGAUAAUGUAUAAAAAUUUUUUACAUUCUUUAAAACAAAACUGACACUGGUCAAAACAGACUCAGAAAUGUCAAUUGUGUCAUCAAAACAUGCACAAUGAGAAACGCCCUCCACAGUGAUGUAGGCCUAUUACUGUU